UUCUCUUACGCUUCCUUGUUAGUGGCUCAGGCUAUAAGCCGACCAGAAACUUGUGGGAGUGAAUACGUGUGCCUGGAAAUCUAAUCAGCAUUGCUGCAGAUAUGCUCAGGGAGAUACCUUUGCCACCCAGCCCAGGCUGUGCCUAUUUCAGCUCCCUCUCACCUCAGGGGCAGGACAUGUACCUGAGGCUGGAUCAGUCACGUCGCCGUUCACCGUACAGGAUGAGCAGGAUGAUUGCCAGGCAACAGCUGGUGACUAUAAUUCACCAAGAAAUUGAAGCCAAGGAAGCGUGUGACUGGUUGCGAGCUGCUGGGUUCCCUCAAUACGCACAGUUGUAUGAAGAUUCCCAAUUCCCAAUUGACAUUGUGUCUGUGAAGAAAGAUCAUGAUUUUCUUGACAAGGACUUCAUAGAGCCUCUCUGUAGACGCUUAAAUACACUCAACAAGUGUGCCUCUAUGAAGCUGGACAUCAACCCUCCCAGGAAAAAAAGUGAAGACUCCGAUGAAGAUGACUUGUGCGCAAUCAGCGACAAAUGGACCUUUCAAAGGAGCAGUAAACGAUGGUCACGACUGGAUGAUAUUGAUGCGUUAUUUCACAGGCAAGACAGUGGCCACCUUCCCACGGGGGGAACCAAACUGAAAAACACAACCAGCAGCGAGAGCGUACUGACCGAUCUGAGCGAACCCGAGAUCUCCUCCAUUCACAGUGGGAGUAGCGGAGGAAGCGACAGCAGGCGUGUAGCUGGUGGUAGAUCUGCAGAAACAAACUGUGUGACCACAGAGCGAGCCGAGAGCUGUCUACGGAACUGGGGGGAAACCACAGUCAUGCGCGAUUCCACCUCACCAAACAGCUCAUUCCCACAGGCUCCAAAAGACAUUACUAACUAUACGCACUAUAGUUUCACUCUAAAACCUGAAAAGAAUUCAAGAACCAAGGCGAAGAAUUUACUGAAAUGCAUGGAAACCUUGAGACCAAGAGCCUCCCAAAGUAAGUUAAAAGGCAGUGUAAGAUCUGCCGGGCUGGUUAUCAGUGCACCUGUACUGCAGCAGGAGCCAGAGUGUCUGAGGACCAUGCAUUGCACGGAGAUCGUCAAUGGGAACCUCAGUAGCUUAGCAAAGGAUUCGACUAAGAGUGGAUUUUCCUCAUCCACUCAAUCCAGUAGUGACAGCCACUCAGAAACGAGCAGCAGUGCUGUGAGUACACCCUCGUUAAAGUCACGCAAGCGUCAUCAUGGCAACAAGAGGAGCGGCAUGUACCUGGAGGAUGUGGACGUUCUCGCAGGGACAGAGAUGAAACAGGUGGCGGACCAGAAUCGCAAGAACGAGUUUCAUUCCCAGGAAAACCUCGUGGUCCACAUUCCAAAGGACCACAAACCGGGGACCUUCCCAAAGGCACUUUCCAUCGAGAGCCUUUCUCCCACGGACAACUCCAACACCGUGAACUGGCGGUCUGGGAGCAUCUCUCUGGCAAAGCAGAGGUGCAGCAUCAACAAGGCAAAGAACGCCUACCCGAGAGGGAGCAGAAUUAGCAUUUACGACAAUGUGCCAGGGUCCCAUUUGUACGCCAGCACGGGCGACUUGUUGGACUUAGAGAAAGAAGAUAUUUUUCCUCACCUGGAUGACAUCUUACAACACGUGAAUGGGCUGCAGCAGAUUGUGGACCAUUGGUCUAAGAACGUGCUCCCCGAGCUGCAGGACGAUGAGCUUUCUGUUUGUGAUCCCGGAUCCCCUCAGUUCCAGUCUUCAAAUCAGAUCAUGUUAGAUUUUGAAGGCCAUUCGGUGUCCGAUGGCCGGACUACACCCAGUGAUCUUGAAAGAGAUGGCCAUUCCCUCAAUGAUUCCGACACAGUGGGAAUGAGAGAACGCAGGGACUCUGGUGUAGGCGCAUCCUUAACCAGACCUAGCAGGCACCAAAGGCUACGGUGGCCCAGCUUUCAAAUUUCACAUCGUCUAAGCGUCACGUUGGCUUCACUGCAAAUUAGCAACCAGUCAGCAGCUCAGCUCAACCUGUUACAGAAGUUCGCCCUCCUUCGACUCACAGCUAUAAUGGAGAAAUACUCCAUGUCAAACAAGCACGGCUGGACUUGGGCCGUGCCAAAAUUCAUGAAGAGGAUGAAAGUGCCUGACUACAAAGACAAGAAUGUCUUUGGUGUGCCUUUGAUAGUUCACGUACAGAGGACAGGACAGCCCCUCCCUGUGAGCAUUCAGCAAGCCAUGCGUUUUCUGAGGAGCCAGUGUCUAGAUCAGGUUGGUCUCUUUAGGAAAUCCGGAGCCAAAUCUCGAAUUCAAGCUCUCCGACAGAUGAACGAGGCUUCGCCAGAUAACGUCUGCUACGAGGAGCAGUGCGCCUAUGAUGUAGCCGAUAUGCUGAAGCAGUUUUUUCGAGACCUUCCUGAGCCUCUCCUGACAAGCAAACUUGGAGAGACCUUCCUUCACAUCUACCAGUAUGUCCCCAAAGAGCAGCGUCUCCAGGCAGUGCAGGCAGCCAUCAUGCUGAUGUCAGAUGAAAACCGGGAGGUCCUGCAAACUCUCCUCUGUUUCCUUAGCGACGUGACUUCUGUUUCAGAGAAUCAGAUGACUGCUAUGAACCUUGCCGUCUGCCUGGCACCUUCUCUCUUCCACCUGAAUUUAAUUAAGAAGGGGUGUUCCUCACCAAGGGUGAUGCAGCGUAAAUACGCCACAGGGAAACCUGAUCAAAAAGAUCUGAAUGAGAACCUGGCAGCUACGCAAGGUCUGGCCCACAUGAUCACAGAAUGCAACAAGCUGUUCCAGAUCCCUCAGGAUAUGAUGAGCCAAUCCCGGAAUUCCUACAUUGAAGCAGAUGCACAACCACUGACGUUGGAUGAACUUGGAAAACAGCUGGAAGAGGAGGGGGCAAAUUAUCAGACAUACCUGGAAAACCUCAUCCAGAACCUUCAGAAAGAAACCAAGGAGAAAUUCAAGGGUUGGGUUUCCUGUCCAUGCCCCGAUAACACUGAGCUCGCCUACAAAAAGGUGGGCGAUGGGCAUCCUCUUCGUCUGUGGAAAGUGUCUGUGGAGGUGGAGGCACCGCCAUCUGUUGUGCUGAAUCGAGUGCUGAGAGAGCGCCACCUAUGGGACGAUGAUCUCCUCCAGUGGAAAGUUACAGAGAGCCUGGAUAAGCAGACGGAAAUCUUCCAGUACGUCCUCAAUAGUAUGGCCCCUCACCCUAGCAGGGACUUUGUCACACUGAGAACCUGGCGGACGGAUUUACCAAAGGGAACGUGUUCCCUGGUGGCCAUUUCCAUAGAGCAUGAAGAGGCACCUCUAUCUGGUGGAGUUCGAGCCAUGGUCAUGGACAGCCAGUGUUUAAUUGAGCCAUGUGGCUCUGGAAAAUCCAGACUGACUCAAAUCAGCAGGACUGAUCUGAAGGGCCGAACUCCAGAAUGGUACAAUAAAGCUUUUGGGUAUCUUUGUGCAGCAGACGUUGCUAGAAUCAGGAGCUCAUUUCAACCCAUAAAUGCCGAUGGACCCGAGACCAAAAUUUGAAAAGGAAAUAUCUUUAUCCAAAGGAGCACAAACAAAGGAUGGGCAGCGAAGCCAUUUGACAGAAGAACUGAGGCGGUAGAAUGUAGAGAGAAAGUGGUUCAGGAUUUCAUGGUCAAUGACUUCCACUAAGGUCAAAGCUGCUGAGCACAUCUGAUUAUGUUCUGCAACAUUUCUGCCAAGAUCCUUCACGUACUGCCCUCAGUUGCCUGACCUGAUGCUCCUCGGGAUCAGAAAUAACACAAAUCCAUGGUUCUGAACUGUACUGCCCAGACUAAACCUAUUUCUUUGUAAUAAUAGAUUCACACACACGCACACAUUUCUGGCCCUUUCAAAGGCUCUAAUUCAGUCAUUCUUAAUUUGAUAGCCAGGGUCCAUCACUGGACCACAAUAAAGGCCAAUGGACCUGCUGCUCUGCAGAAAUGUCAUAGCUUUUAUAAUUUAUCCACGUAUACACUGGGUGAACCUUUGGUACCUUUGGUGGAUUGUUUAAAAUCUAAAAUCCACUGCUCCACUUUCACAUAGAAUUGUAAUCUGUGCUCUGCACAUUGCAACGUUUAAAUGCUUCUGAGAAGCAUCUUCAUUUUUAUUAAAAUGUAGUUAUAAAGAUAAAUAUGAAG